AUGCCCGUCUUCAACGGGUACGAGUACUUCCAAGUCUCCAGAUCAGAGGCCAGGCUGACCCGCUUCAUCGCGGAGCUGUCGGGCGAGGCCGCCGGCACCGCAACCCGCGUGCAGCAGUGCCUGCUGGGCCUGCUGCUGGUGCUGCAGCGGCUGGUCCGCUGGGUGCAGCUGGCAGCCGUGGCGCUCCAGCUGCAGGGCCAGCGGCAGCAGCUGGUGUUUGCGGGCGCUGCCGCCGCUCCCGUCGGCAGCGACGGCGGCGCCUCGCUGGGAGCAGCCCCCGUUGCCGCUGCCGCACCGGCACCAGCCCCGGCUGUGCAACAGCAGCCGGCUGCUGCGGUCAUGGACUUCCUCAGCGCUGCCACCAUGGGGGCGGUGGAGCAGUUGCGGCACACCCUGACCGAUGCCACCCAGGGCAUCGAGUCGAAAAUGAGCGCCCUGGAGCGCACAGCCAGCAUCGUGCAAGGCACGCUGUUCCAGGCUGCCCAAGCGCACUCCGAGGCGGUCCGCUCCAACCCCGAGGGCGGCAUGUGGAAGCAGCCGUGCGUGGCGUCGGUGAUCAGCGAGGAGGAGCGUCUGCGGCAGGCCGUGUUUGCCCAGGUGUAUGCCGAGCUGCUGCAGAAGGACAACAAGGACAUCAGCUUCAAGCCCUGA